GUGUGGCACCGUCGCCUCACCUGCGUCGGAGUCCAGCUCAGGUGUUGUUUGGACGCCGCUUCAAAACAAUAUGAUCGGCUGCCAUGUCGGUAACUAACGCAUCAAUCUCACUUGAGGAAAUCAACAGGCGGUUUGGUAUUAAGCCUGAGUACAGUGACUAUACCGGCUUUUACGUUGGUAUCAUCAUAUGCACCAUUCUUGGUGUUGUACUGAUUAUGGUAAAUUGGAUCUGCAGUUGCUGCCACGAACACACUAAGUAUUGGAACGACCCUGACACUGGCAACCGUUUCGCCUCACUCAUCUUCGUCCGCAAAGCCAAGCAGAGGCCCCUUGAUGCAAUCUUGUAAAGAUUCUUGUACAUGAUAGAAAAAGA